UGGUUAGUGGAUCUGCCAAGGUCAAUGGAAAAUAUGACGUCUUUGCAUUACAUUCUCCUAAGUGGACGUGCCAAUCUUCGAUACAUACCUAAGCUGCCCUCUAGUUUAAUUGAACUUCGUCUUUGCGAAAUACUUGAAAGCUCAACAGACUUGCAUAACAUGAAAAGGUUAGAGUUAUUGUGCCUUAAACAGUUGUGUAUGAUGGAAGAGCAGUUUAUAAGAGGCGUUGUCAGGACAAGUUAUGGUGAAUUCAAUGUACUGGAACAUAUGUCUGGAGUGGAUCAAUUCUGUGUUCAUUAUUCAGGGUUGUCGCAUGACCAGGUCCCUUCCUCUCCUUUCUUCUUAAAGGGAGCAUGUAAGGCAGUCAACAAUAAAGGUCGGAGACAAAUUUGGAUACGUUUGCAAGAGAGAGAUGCAUGUUUGUUUCGUAAUUACCUGAUUCCUGAUGAUGAGAUCUAUAGCAGGUUAAUUAUCCACAUUUCUUUGAGAGUCAGUGGAUUUGAUCCAAUACUUGCUGGACUUGUGGAUGAUGUAGUACGAGUAAAUACAACUCUGAAUUUUAAAGCUUGUAUCCAUAGCAGCAAAGACCAAAAAAUAACCUAUUGUGAAACUAGGCUGAGAAUUGAGGACAUCGAAUUGAUAAAUCCAGAAAAAGACGAGGUUCACAAUUUGAAAGGGGUUGAUUAUCGAUAUAUAGAUCAUGUUCACAGAUUCAGAAGGUUUGAUUGGUUUGGGUUUCAGUUGGAAGGAGGAGAUACUAUUGAGAUAUUAGAAAUAAAUCAAGAAGAUCUUCCUCAUGAUGAUGAUGAUGAUGCUGAUAAUGAAUAUAGCCAUGAACGUGGGAUCUGUUGCGCUGUGACAGAGUUGAACCUUUUUGUAAUAAAAGAGGAGCCCAACUUGGAGAUGUGUUAUAGUCAAUCCAUUACUGCUGCUCCUGAGAAAGAAGAGGAGAGGACCAAUGAAAAGGGGGACGCAGAGGGCGAGGGGAGGAGUAAUGAGACAAUAAUAAACAUCCUCUUGAGGAUGAUGAGGCUGGUCCUUCUUCUAUGUUCCUCAACGAAUUAGUACUGUGAAUACUGCAGCGAUUAGGGACUGCUUUCUGUUGAGCUCAUCAAGGAGCCUCUCUCACCAGGUGUAUCACUUUGCAAGUCCGAACUGGUCACAAAGCUGUAAGGAGACACUCAUGGAGGGUCUAUUGGGUGAUGUCCAACUGCUUGGUACCAUCUGAUCCAAAGGAGCUCUUCUCUCUAGCCAGUGACCUUAGAGGUUCUGUCAUUGACCUCCAUUGUUACUACCUAUUCUCUGAUAUGUUCAACAACAUGACUCUGCAACAAAAUAUUGGCUUCAUCUAUAGCAACACAUCAGCUCAACUGAACUCACUUCAAACUGUCCUCUCACACUUCUUGGGGAAUGGGUAGCUGAGAUGCAAGUAAAAGGAGCAUCAAAAGAGGAUUAUCAUAGAUUUGCAAAAGCUCAAUUAAAGAAUGUGAACAACCACUGGAGUUUGGAGUGGAUGAUCCAGAAUGAUUACAUCAAGCUUUAGUUCAUGUCUUCUAUAUUCAUCUUGUUCUUGCUAUUGCUUGUUUGUAUAGGUGAA